GCGUCGCUACAUGGUCCAUUUUCAGCAGCACGUUCGUUCGACCAGUGUCGUCGACCACGUUUCUUCCCGCUUCCGUUUCCGAAAGCUUGCGUAGGAAUAAGUAAAUCCAGAAGAUGGCCAAGUCCAAGAAUCACACAAAUCAUAACCAGAACAGGAAGGCGCAUCGAAAUGGCAUUAAAAAGCCAAAGAGAUACAGGCACGAAAGCACACUCGGCAUGGAUCUCAAGUUCUUGAGGAACCAACGCUUCGCAAAGAAACAUAACCUGAAACCGAAGGCCCAGUUGAAGAGGGCAGAGCAACGAAAGGCCCUUCGUGAAGCUAAGAAUAAGAAAUAAUUUCAGCGUAAAUUAAUGACUCUGUCAAAAUAAAUUGGAAAAAAAAA